UUUUCUGGCUGAAUUACAUGAAAGCAGGCAGAUAACGUGAACGUUGCAGGAAAAACAAUGGAUAACAAUGGAUGGAUUUAGCAUUGCAUUAUAGCUAAUACAACAACGGUGCUUUCCCGUUGAACAUUUUGCUUUUCAAGUUUGCUUUAAGUGUGAAUAACGGCUUUUUUCUCCUCGGAAGGCUUGACUUCAGGUUUUCGACUGGUGAGGAAGCUAGCUGUCAACUACUAUAGCCACUUCAGCGCCGCCACAUUAGCAUCAAUAGAUUAAAAUAUGGCAGACAGUAUCAUGAGCAAGGCUGCAACCAUGGAGAUCCCCAUUAACAGCAAUGGAGACACAGGGACUCUGCCAGAGGAUGACAGCCUCGAGCAGGACUUGCAGCAGGUGAUGGUGUCUGGACCCAACCUGAAUGAAACCAGCAUUGUCUCAGGAGGUUAUGGAGGACCUGCAGGGGGCAUCAUUCCUACCAGCAGCAUCAAAGGGCCAGCAGUACGCUUCAACCCUGAGUAUGUGGACAGAAGAAGAGCCCCUGCUCCGGGACCAGACAUUCGCAUGAAAUCCAGGGGUGUUGGCUUGCUAAACAGCCAAUCUGCAGCAAGUCGACUUUCCCAAUACACAGACCAGCAUCCAGGGUCGUCGAACAAUAAUACUGGUAAUUCAACCGAAGAACUUUCUCGUGGUGUGGCAGUGGAGAAAUUGGACAGUGUGAAGAAAUGGGGCAUAAAUACAUACAAGUGUACAAAGCAGAUGUUCUCAGAGAGGUUUGGCAGAGGUUCAAGAACAGUAGACCUGGAACUGGAAGCUCAGAUUGACGUGUUGAGAGACACCAAGAGCAAGUAUGAAACCAUCCUAAAACUGACCACUGCACUCACCACUCAUUUCCAAAGCAUGGUGGAGACACAACAGGCGCUGGGAGACACCUUCUCCGACCUCAGCCAGAAGUCCCCUGAGUUGCAGGACGAGUUUGGGUAUAAUGCAGAAACACAAAAACUGCUGUGCAGAAAUGGCGAGUCUCUCCUCAGUGCAAUCAGCUUUUUUGUGUCCAGUAUCGACACACUGGUCAACAAAACAAUGGAGGAUACUCUGUUGACCAUUAAAUUGUAUGAGAAUGCAAGACUUGAGUUUGAUGCCUAUCGUUCUGAUAUGGAGGAGCUGAGUAUGGGCCCCAGGGAUGCAGCUGCCAUGGUCCGCAUAGAGAUGGCUCAGCAUGAUUACCAGAUCCAAAGAGACAAAUAUGAAAGGCUGCGUAGUGAUGUCACCAUCAAGCUCAAAUUCCUGGACGAAAACAAGGUUAAGGUUAUGCACAAGCAGCUGCUUCUCUUCCACAAUGCUAUCUCCGCCUACUUUGCUGGCAACCAGGAGCAAUUGGAACAAACUCUAAUACAGUUCAAUGUAAAGUUAAAGCCCCCGGGAACAGACAAGCCAUCCUGGCUGGAGGAGCAGUAGACUGGGCUGGUUGAGGUGUACAGUGACAGCUGACGGCUGGUCAGGGAGGAUCUUGACAUUGGGGUUAGAUGGGCAAGAAUUAAAUGCAUAAAUGAGUAUGUUAUAGGAUCAUUUGUGUUCAGUGAUACAGCAAAUGUAAGAUUUUCUUUUGUAAUGUUUUUAAGUAUCACAUAUUACAUAGACAGUACAACUAUUUUAGUUGUACUUUGAUUUUUUUGUUAAGUGACAAAUUACUUUUUGUUUUCUUAUCCUUUAGGUAGCACAAUCAUUUAUCACUUUUUUUAUGUAUGUACAGUAUAGUCUACUAUUGUGGAAAUACUCCUUGGCAGUUUUGCACAUGCAUUAUGUUUUGUUUUUGUAUUAUGUCAAAAGCGUUAUCUUAUAUAUAUAUAUAUAUAUAUUCAGAGUAUAUCACAUUGGAGGAACUCCACAAAUCAGAUAAGCUGGUGGGAUGAUAUAAAAAAUAUUAUGAUAUAUUCUAUGCAUGACUGAACCCUAUCUUUUCAAGUUUAGUUUCACAAAUUUAAAUCAGAGCCACCAGGAUAAUGCAUAAUUUUCAAAGUUAUCCCACCACGCUUCUAAUAACACCUUGUGGUUUACCUCCCUGAAUGGUCAAUUUGCAUAAAAGGGAAAAAUAUAAAUACAGAGUGAUUAAAGUGAUUCUCUUUAACCUACAGUAAUAUAUAAUCCAUAGCUAUUUUGAUAUCCUAAAUUUUGGGUAAGAGAUGUGAAUUCAGCACAGUAUCUGUCAUGUUUACUCCAAUGUUUAUAUAUGGAAACAAGCCUCAAUAGAUGUUACACUAAGUAACUCUGCAUGAAUCCAUACAUUAGAUGCUUCAAUCAAUACAACUUCUGAACAAUCAAUAUGUCCUUGCAAUCCAAGGUGCAAUUUAAAAAAAAAAAAAGAGCCUUCAACACUCAUUCUUGAAGUCUCAAAUCCUAAAAUUCAUUUCAGUGUCUCUUAAAGGACCGAAUAUAUACGUACAUUUCUUAUUCUGUGUUAUUUAUUUACCAAUUGUUUUGUGACACAACAUUGUAUGGUACGUGCAUUUAUUUUCAAUUCUAGUCAGAUGAUUGUCUUUCUCUUGUAAUGCAUUUCCAAUAAAAUCUGCUGGAUGUUUUGUUUCACUUAA